AUGCCGGCGAUGGUGGGGACACCGGCCGAGGCACAACAAUCGCGCUGGUAUGCGGCAGGAUCCGUUCAAAGCCAGGGCGGCAGCGCCGCGGCGUCAGAGGGAUGGCCUCUGGCCGCCCAUCACACGCACCACCCGCGCAUCCUUUCCUGCCGUUCCCUCCAGCGAUUCGCGCUCACCUCGUACGGCUGCAGCUUCAGCUUCUCCACGGCAAACUGGUAG